AUGGCAGCUCUACGAUUACGGCCGUUCACACGUCUUGCAAAUGCGGCGGCUCAACGGCCCCGUGCGCUCAACGGCGUUUCGGGUUUCUCAACGAUUUCCAUGCACCAAUUGAAGCAUCCAGCGCCAGCGAGCGCAUCCACUAGAUAUCUUCCUCGAUUUCUUGACCCUAGGAUCUACUGGCAGUCUUCCAAAUCCGCCUCCAAGGCAAAGGGGCCGCAGGGGAAGAAGCCAUGGAACCCGGCAACGUUUUACAUUGCUAUUUUCCUAUUGAUUGGGUCACAGGCGAUCCAAAUAAUUGCGCUGAGGCUCAAUCACGAUGAGCGCAUGCGACGGGCAAAUGUGAAGAUUGCAGUCCUCAAAGAGGUUAUAGAACGACUUCAACGGGGAGAAGAUGUGGACGUGGAGGGAAUGCUCGGUGUAGGGAACGAGAAAGAUGAAAAGAGCUGGGAAGACGUACUGAGGGAAAUCGAGGAAGAAGAUGCGGUCUGGCAGGCAAAGGCUCGCAAGAAGCAGGGCCUAUCUGAAACCCCUUCCUCAGAAAAUAAUACCAGCCCAGAGCCAGAGGCUUUCAAAGAUGAAGCUCAAAAGAAAGCAGAUUCAAAACCCCGGAAAGCACUGUCUUCUCGGGAUUAUGGAUAUAGCUGA